AUGCUCCGUUCCUCCCUCCACAAAUCGGGCAGCUGCCUCUCAAGAGGUAUCUGCCCUCUCAGACGGUCAACAUGCUCCAUUGCUACUUUGAGAGCCUCCUCCGUCCCUUCAGUACGCCCGUCGAGGCUUCUUAUGUUGUCACAGCGCUUGCAAAGCCGGCAUUAUGCUGUGGCCGCAGAAGAGACCAACAAAGGCGUGGAUCCUAAUGACUCUUUUCUGCAAGGCAACACCGCGAACUAUAUAGACGAGAUGUAUAUGCAAUGGAAAAAGGAACCGUCAAGUGUCCACUUCUCCUGGCAAGUUUAUUUUCGAAAUAUGGAAGACGGAAACAUGCCCAUGUCGCAGGCUUUUCAACCUCCACCGACCAUAGUGCCGACUCCUGCGGGUGGCGUCCCACAAGCGAUGCCCGGUGCUGGGCUCUCGGCAAGUGAAGGCCCAGACGUGACCAACCAUCUCAAAGUACAACUCUUGGUGCGCGCUUACCAAGCGCGUGGACACCACAAGGCAAAGACCGACCCGUUAGGGAUACGCGGGGAAGCUGAAGCUUUCGGAUACCGUGAUCCAAAAGAGUUGAAGCUCGAUCACUAUCAAUUUACUGAGAAGGACCUCGAUACGGAAUUCGCACUGGGCCGCGGCAUUCUCCCUAGGUUCAAGAUUGAUGGCAGGGAGAAGAUGACAUUAAGAGAUAUCAUUAGCACAUGCGAGAGGUUAUACUGUGGCGCAUAUGGCGUGGAAUUCAUCCAUAUCCCCGAUAGGGACCAGUGCGACUGGAUCCGAAGUCGUACGGAAAUCCCUUCGCCAUACAAAUACUCGGUCGACGAUAAGCGUAGGAUAUUAGAUCGUUUGAUAUGGAGCUCGAGCUUUGAGAACUUCCUGGCAACUAAAUACCCAAAUGACAAACGGUUCGGACUGGAAGGUGGUGAAACGCUUGUCCCUGGAAUGAAGGCUUUGAUCGACCGUAGUGUUGACUACGGUGUCAAGGAUAUCGUUAUCGGCAUGCCUCAUCGUGGCAGACUCAACGUUCUGAGUAACGUGGUCCGAAAGCCAAAUGAGUCAAUCUUCAGCGAGUUUGGUGGCAGUGCUGAACCUUCCGACGAAGGCUCUGGGGAUGUCAAGUACCAUCUCGGCAUGAACUUUGAACGUCCCACUCCUUCUGGCAAGCGUGUGCAACUAUCGCUUGUAGCAAAUCCGUCGCAUCUUGAAGCCGAAGAUCCUGUAGUUCUGGGCAAAACCCGAGCCAUCCAACACUACAACAACGAUGAAAAGAAUUUUCUUUCGGCGAUGGGUGUCCUCUUACAUGGCGACGCUGCUUUUGCUGGUCAAGGUGUUGUGUACGAGACUAUGGGCUUUCAUGCCUUGCCUGCAUAUUCAACUGGAGGAACAAUCCAUAUGAUCAUCAACAAUCAGAUUGGCUUCACCACCGAUCCUCGAUUUGCCAGGUCUACCCCUUAUUGCUCUGACAUUGCAAAGGCAUUUGACGCCCCCGUCUUCCACGUCAAUGGUGAUGAUGUCGAAGCUGUCAAUUUCGUGUGUCAGAUGGCCGCAGAUUGGCGAGCUGAGUUCAAAAAGGAUGUCGUUGUGGAUAUCGUAUGCUACAGAAAACAAGGCCAUAACGAGACAGAUCAACCGUCUUUCACCCAGCCACUGAUGUAUCAGAGGAUCAAUGAGCAGAAGCCAGCUGUACAGAAGUACGAAGAGAAGCUUCUGAAGGAAAAGUCUUUCACAAAGGAUGACAUUGAGGAGCACAAGAAGUGGGUCUGGACGAUGUUGACCACUAGCUUCGAAUCUAGCAGAGACUAUCAGCCAACUUCAAAGGAAUGGCUUACGUCCGCCUGGAACGGAUUCAAAUCUCCUAAGGAGCUUGCAACGGAGAUCCUGCCACAUUUGCCAACCGGUGUUCCAGUAGAGGAACUGAAGCAUAUAGGAGAAAAGAUUAGCACUGCACCGGAAGGCUUCAACGUCCAUCGGAAUCUGAAGCGUAUCCUCGCAGGCAGGAAGAAGACUGUCGACGAAGGCAAAGCCAUUGACUGGUCUACGGCAGAAGCACUCGCAUUUGGUACACUUUGUGACGAGGGGCAUCACGUCAGAGUAUCGGGCCAAGAUGUAGAGCGCGGUACUUUCUCCCAGCGUCAUGCAGUGCUCCAUGACCAGGAGAGCGAGGAGACCUACACGCCACUGCAGCACAUCAGUGAGAAACAGGGUACCUUCAGAAUUACCAAUUCUUCCUUGAGCGAAUUUGGCGUCCUUGGUUUCGAAUACGGGUACUCACUUUCCUCGCCCAACGCUCUUGUCGUGUGGGAGGCUCAGUUUGGUGACUUCGCCAACAAUUGUCAAUGCAUUAUCGACCAGUUCGUCGCCUCAGGGGAAGUGAAAUGGAUGCAGCGUUCUGGUCUCGUCAUGUCCCUCCCUCACGGUUAUGAUGGGCAAGGCCCAGAGCAUUCUUCUGGCAGAAUGGAACGAUAUCUGCAGCUUUGCAACGAAGACCCGAGGAUUUUCCCCUCAGAAGCCAAGCUUGACCGCCAACAUCAGGACUGCAACAUGCAAAUCGCCUACAUGACUACACCGUCAAAUCUCUUCCACAUCCUCAGAAGGCAGAUGAACCGACAAUUCAGAAAACCUCUGAUCCUCUUCUUCUCCAAAUCCCUCCUCCGCCACCCUCUUGCACGCUCCCCCAUCGAAGACUUCACCGGCGAGUCGCACUUCCAAUGGAUCAUCCCCGACCCCGCUCAUAACGAUAAUUCCAUCCUCCCGCAUGACCAAAUCGACCGCGUAAUCCUCUGCUCCGGCCAAGUCUACGUCGCCCUCCACAAACACCGCGCCGAGCACAAACUAAACUCCACAGCCAUCACCCGCAUCGAGCAACUCAACCCCUUCCCCUGGGCGCAGCUCCGUGAGAAUCUAGAUAUCUAUCCCAACGCGAAGACGAUCGUGUGGGCGCAGGAAGAACCGUUGAAUGCGGGAGCGUGGAGUUUUACGCAGCCAAGGCUUGAGACGCUGUUGAAUGAGACGGAACAUCAUGAUCGGAAACAUGUGAUGUAUGCGGGGAGGAAUCCUAGCGCGAGUGUGGCGACGGGGUUAAAGGGGACGCAUAUGAAGGAGGAGAUGGAUAUGUUAAAUAUGGCAUUUGGGGUCGUGCAGGAGAAGUUGAAGGGGGAGUGA